CUUCGACAUACGUCAUCGUCCCGUCUGUGCAGGGAGGCUAGCGAAAGCCGAUGUAUCCCAUUGGUCCCCUCAGACAGUGUAAACAUGUCGUCGGUGUGAACGCGUUGCCGCUAAGUCCCGUUUUCUUGUUGUCGGUCGUGUGAACAGCGAUGGCCGAGUUACUGGAAAGAGCGGUUUCAGAACGGCGACCGCGCAGCUUGAUCCUUAGCUAACGGCUAACUGUCGGGACCCGUUUGUGUGAGGCUGGCCUUGCUAAUUACACGGCUAGCGUCCACUUGGCAGGCGCGAAGGGCUAAUUCCAGUUUAGCCAAACAACAGGAUGAUGACAAGUAAUGUUAUCUAAGAAGGAGGAUCCAGGAAGUAGAGACGAACUAUGAAUACAUCUAGAAGUGCCGGCGCCUCGUCACCAGUGAAUGGGAGGCAAGACUGGGACAGCAGACGGCGGAGAAAAACGGCAGAGAUCACACAGGCCCUAAGCGUGAGUCCAGUUGAUGUGGCAGCUUUGAGGAGGAUGGCGAUCAGUGAAGGGGGGCUGCUGACAGAUGAGAUCCGCCGUGAAGUGUGGCCUAAGCUGCUCAACGUCCCCCCUCAUGUGCUGGAUCAGGAGCCAGAAACUGUAGAGCGUGAGAAUAACAAAGACUACAACCAGGUGCUGCUAGAUGUCCAGCGCUCACUAAGGAGGUUCCCACCCGGCAUGCCAGACGAGCAGAGAGAGGGCCUCCAAGAAGAGCUCAUCGACAUCAUCCUCAGAGUCCUGAAACGUAAUCCCCAGCUGCACUACUACCAGGGUUACCACGACAUCGUCGUCACCUUCUUAUUGGUCCUCGGAGAGCGCCUUGCAACUUCUCUUGUGGAAAAGCUCUCCACGCAUCACCUCAGGGACUUCAUGGAUCCCACCAUGGACAACACAAAACACAUUCUUAACUAUUUGAUGCCAAUUAUUGAGAAAGUCAACCCUGAGGUGCAUGACUUCAUGCAGCAGGCUGAGGUUGGCACAGUGUUUGCGCUCAGUUGGCUGAUCACCUGGUUCGGCCACGUCCUGUCUGACUUCCGACAUGUUGUCCGGUUGUAUGACUUCUUCUUGGCGUGUCAUCCAUUGAUGCCUAUUUACUUUGCUGCAGUGAUCGUACUGUACAGAGAGGACGAGGUUUUGGACUGUGAAUGUGACAUGGCCAUGGUUCAUCACCUGCUGUCUCAGAUCCCCCAGGAUCUGCCGUAUGAAAUGCUCAUCAGCCGAGCUGGCGACCUCUUUGUACAGUUUCCUCCUUCUGAGCUGGCUAAAGAGGCUGCCUCACAUGACAGCAUGGCUGCCUCUACCUUCAAAGACUUUGAACUUGCGUCCACUCAACAGCGACCAGACUCCGUUCUCCGUCGCCGACGCAGACAAAAACAGGCAGCGUUGGAGACUUCGCCGCCGACAACUUCGACAGUGGCUCAGCCCUCAGUAGCGCGGCGGUUUGUUCGACUGGCUGUGAUGGGUCUGACCGUGGCUUUAGGGGCAGCAGCCCUUGCUGUGGUCAACACGGCCCUGGAAUGGGCCCCCAAACUGGACAUCUUUCCUUGAACUGCUUCUCUCUGACCUCUACGCUCCCACCCAACUGUUCUCCACUGAAUUUAGCUGGUGGGUCUUCUCCAACAACCGACCCACCAACCCUGCAGUCAGUAACACUGUCGGGAGUGUACUCUGUAAACUGUACUGGCUAACACUCCGCUCUCACCACGUACUAGUGUAUGUAGGACAUGUGACGGCUCAGCGGAGGGGCCGUAGUGAAUUCUGAACAGCAUGCGCCAGUGUAACUACUGCUACUGUGUGCUGGUGAUCUGAAAUGAAGAAUCCACCCUGGUAAAAUGAAGAGCGUGUAUUUCUAAUUACUGUUAAUGAUGGCGUGAUUUAUUAAGUUUAUUUAUAUUUGCUAUUAGAAUAUUCUGAUUUUGAGUUAUGCUCACAGAGAUUUAUGCUGAAGGCUAAGAAAGCUGAGUGUCUGUAUGAAUGUGUGUGUGUGUGGGUUAUUUACUAUUUGAUACAUGGAUAGAGACCAAAUAGAUAAUUGUUAAAACACUCUGUGUAAUAUUUACUGUUUCCUAAUAUAUAGAUUUCUAAGUGGCUGUAAGAGACCUAGUCAGGUCACCCUGGCACUAUUUGAAGUCUUUAAAGUUUCAAUUUUUAUAUUUUUUUAGUUUGCUGUGUCCCUUUUCAUUACAUUGGUUUUUAACAGUAGCGUUUAUCUUCAUAUUGACCAUGUUUCAUCUUUCAAAUACACUUCAAUUUUGCACAUGUUUGUGCCUGAAUAGGCUCCAGACUACAGAGUUCACAGUUCAGAAUUUCACAGGGUACAGAAAUGAAGUGUUGUGGGAGCAUUUCUUGUUGGGAUUAGCCCACUGGGCUUCACAUUUUGCACUAAUAGCAUUUUUUCCCCAAAUGAAUAUGCACAAUUUUUGUUUUUGACAAGACUUUAGUGUCAUAUCAAUGCAUGACGUUCAGUAUACAGUGUUGACCAACUCCUUCCAUUGAUCCGGUCACUGUCAACAAAAACUAGCAAAUGGUUUGUCUCAACUUCCAAGAGGGUUGGAUUUCUGUGUCUUGAGAGUUGUGUUACCGGUACAUGCAGUAUAUAGGAUGAGAAUGUCAACUGUAGGACUUAAGUAUGUGUUGCUACUAUAGUACAUAAUGGAACCCAACACCUUUGCAUCCCAUUCCUGUUAUGGUCUAUUUAUUGCCUUUUCAGUGAACCACUGACUGAGCGGGACACAGAUGUAGAGACUGAACAAAGUGAAGGCGGCCUGGAUCACGUCCAGCGAUGUUGAGGUGCGUAAGUGUGAGGGUCUGCAGUGUUUCAGUGCACCAUGCACCUGCACUCACUGGGCUUCAUUUGUUUUUAUUGCACUAAAUGAUUUAUCUGCCUUUUACGUUUAUUUUGUUGCAAAAAAUAUGUAAAAUUGUACAAUCUAAUAAACUGGUGUCAAAACGUUA